AAUUUAAGAAUCACGUGUCAGCUUGAUAGAAGUGGCGGCCAUUAAUAGAAUCCAAUGAUGACAUUUAAAGCUUCCAACUACUUAAAACAUUUUUGUCGUUCUCGAUUAUGUCGAGAACCAACGGCCUUUGGUUUCGGACGCUUAUUAGGGUUUGUGGUUGUCAGCCAUUGGAGUCACUCCAGCAUUUCAUCGUCUCAGUCUCGUUUGUUUUCAGUUUCUUCAUCCCAUACAUUAAUGGAGGUUCUCCAAGCAGCCACGAAGCAUGGAUCCCCAAUGGGUAAAAGUAUUGCUGUAAGAGUUGAAGAAAAGAGUUACAGUUAUGUUCAACUCAUUUCUUCUGCGUGCAAGAUAUCCAACUUAUUAAAAUCUGUGGCCUCCAAAGAAACAUUUGAAGUGGUUAAACAUCAGACCUCUGUAAAAGGGGUUCAAGGAACAGAAGGGCUUGGUGGAGCUCGGAUAGGAAUUUUGGCUAAACCUUCUGCAGAAUUUGUUGCUGGGGUGCUUGGGACUUGGCUUAGUGGAGGAGUUGCUGUUCCACUUGCGCUCAGCUACCCAGAAGCUGAGCUCUUCCAUGUGAUGAAUGAUUCGGGUGUCUCCAUGCUUCUAAGCACUGAAGAUCAUCAAGAACUUAUGGGAAAUGUUGCUGCAAAAUGUGCUGCCAAAUUUUCACUAAUACCCCCAGUUUCACCAAUUGGAGAAGUAGAAACAGAGAAAAAUAUAUUGGACGAAAUUGAAAACUCAAAAUUGGCAGAAGGAGAGGAUCCAGCAUUGAUUGUGUACACUAGUGGAACAACGGGUAAACCCAAAGGUGUUGUUCACACGCACAAAAGCAUCUAUUCUCAGGUCCAAAUCUUGACAGAGGCAUGGGAAUAUACAUCUGCUGAUCAAUUUCUGCAUUGUCUACCCUUACACCAUGUUCAUGGACUUUUUAAUGCUUUGCUUGCUCCUCUCUAUGCUGGUGCUGUGGUCGAGUUCAUGCCAAAAUUUAGUGUGAGAGGAAUCUGGCAGAGGUGGCGUGAAUCAUAUCCAAAAGAUGGAAGUAAGGUUGAUGAUGCUAUCACUGUAUUCACAGGAGUUCCAACAAUGUACACUCGAUUGUUACAAGGGUAUGAAGCAAUGGAUUCAGAAUUGAAGACUACUUCUGCCUCAGCUGCAAGCCAGUUGCGCCUUAUGAUGUGUGGUUCCUCUGCACUUCCCUAUCCUAUUAUGCAACAAUGGGAAAGCAUAACAGGUCAUCGUCUUUUAGAGCGCUAUGGCAUGACUGAGUUUGUAAUGGCGCUUUCUAAUCCCUUAAGAGAUAUGCGGAAAGGUGGCACAGUUGGCAAACCACUUCCUGGCGUAGAGGUUAAAAUUCUUGCAGAAGAUGGGAGUGCAGCUAAUACAACAAUGAUAGGUGAGCUUUGCGUUAGAAGUCCUUCACUGUUCCAGGAAUAUUGGAAACUACCUAAGGUUACAAAAGAAUCGUUUAUUGAUGGUGGGUUCUUCAAGACUGGAGAUACAGUUACAGUGGAUGAGGAUGGGUACUACAUUAUUUUGGGACGUACAAAUGCUGACAUUAUGAAGGUUGGUGGAUACAAGUUGUCUGCUUUAGAAAUUGAAGCUGUGCUUUUAGAGCAUCCAUGUGUGUCAGAAUGUUGUGUGCUGAGCUUACCUGACAAAGAUUACGGGGAAGCAGUGUGUGCAAUAAUAGUACCAAUGGCAGAUGCAAAGAGAAGAGAGGAGGAAGAGUUUAAGCCUGCUAUUACCUUGGAAGAUCUUUGCACGUGUGCCAAGGAGAAACUUGCACCUUACAAGAUGCCAACAAGAUUAUUCUUGUGGGAAUCACUUCCACGUAAUGCCAUGGGGAAGGUUAACAAGAAAGAGCUGAAGAAAUUGCUGGAAUGCUGAAAUGCUUUUUGGUACCAGUGACCUGGCUGGGUUUGAAGUAAACUUGAUCAACUAAGUACAGAAAUAAAUAAACCAAAAAAUAAUAAUAAAAUUUCAAGGAUGGGAGUCAACAACCCUUC